GCCGGAGUCUGAGGCGACGGUUGCAGCGGAGGCGGUGAUGUCGGUGCAGGUUGUGCCAGCGGCGGCUGCCGCGAAGGUGCCCGAGGUGGAGCUGAAGAACCUGAGUCCCUCGGAGGCGGAGCAGCAACUAGGACUGAGCACGGCGGCGGUGGACGCCAUGGUUCCCCCGGCGGGCGGCGGGGACCCUGAAGCUCCAGCUCCGGCCGCCGAGCGGCCCCCGGCCCCUGGCCCAGGCUCGGGUCCCGCGGCUGCUCUCAGCCCCGCCGCGGGAAAGGUGCCUCAGGCGUCGGCUAUGAAGCGGAGCGAUCCGCAUCACCAGCAUCAGCGGCACCGCGACGGCGGCGAGGCCCUGGUCAGCUCCGACGGCACCGUCACCGAGGCGCCGCGCACAGUCAAGAAGCAGAUCCAAUUUGCUGACCAAAAGCAGGAAUUCAACAAACGCCCCACCAAAAUUGGACGCCGCUCUCUGUCUCGGUCCAUCUCUCAGUCCUCUACUGACAGCUACAGCUCAGCGGCUUCAUAUACAGAUAGCUCUGAUGAUGAGACAUCCCCCAGGGACAAGCAGCAAAAGAAUUCUAAGGGGAGCAGUGACUUCUGUGUCAAGAACAUCAAACAAGCAGAGUUUGGACGAAGGGAAAUUGAAAUUGCUGAACAAGAAAUGCCUGCACUGAUGGCUUUGAGGAAGAGAGCUCAAGGAGAAAAGCCUUUGGCUGGAGCCAAAAUUGUGGGUUGUACACACAUCACUGCUCAGACAGCUGUGCUUAUGGAGACUCUGGGUGCUCUAGGGGCACAGUGCCGGUGGGCUGCCUGCAACAUCUAUUCCACUCUUAAUGAAGUGGCUGCUGCUUUAGCAGAAAGUGGAUUUCCUGUCUUUGCCUGGAAAGGAGAGUCAGAAGAUGAUUUUUGGUGGUGCAUUGAUAGAUGUGUGAAUGUGGAGGGCUGGCAGCCAAACAUGAUCUUGGAUGAUGGAGGGGAUCUUACUCACUGGAUUUAUAAGAAGUAUCCCAACAUGUUUAAGAAAAUCAAAGGCAUAGUAGAGGAGAGUGUUACUGGAGUCCAUAGGCUGUACCAGCUGUCCAAGGCUGGGAAGCUGUGUGUUCCCGCCAUGAAUGUCAAUGACUCGGUCACUAAACAAAAAUUUGACAACCUCUACUGUUGUCGGGAAUCAAUUCUUGAUGGACUUAAAAGGACAACAGACAUGAUGUUUGGUGGAAAGCAAGUGGUGGUCUGUGGCUAUGGCGAGGUUGGGAAGGGGUGCUGCGCUGCUCUGAAAGCCAUGGGCUCCAUUGUGUAUGUAACGGAGAUUGACCCCAUCUGUGCUCUGCAAGCCUGCAUGGAUGGAUUUCGACUGGUGAAAUUAAAUGAGGUCAUCCGACAAGUGGACAUUGUUAUUACCUGUACAGGUAACAAGAACGUGGUAACGAGAGAGCACUUGGACCGUAUGAAGAACAGCUGCAUCGUUUGUAACAUGGGACAUUCCAACACUGAGAUUGAUGUGGCGAGUCUGCGGACACCAGAGCUGACCUGGGAGCGAGUGAGAUCCCAAGUUGACCAUGUAAUAUGGCCAGAUGGCAAGAGGAUAGUACUUUUGGCAGAGGGCCGUUUGCUGAACCUCAGCUGCUCCACAGUGCCUACCUUUGUGCUCUCAAUCACUGCUACUACUCAGGCUCUCGCCCUGAUAGAGCUUUACAAUGCCCCCGAGGGUCGCUAUAAGCAGGAUGUCUACCUGUUGCCCAAGAAAAUGGAUGAGUAUGUGGCAAGCCUACACCUGCCCACCUUUGAUGCCCACCUAACAGAGCUGACAGAUGAACAGGCUAAGUAUCUUGGACUCAACAAGAAUGGACCCUUCAAGCCUAAUUACUACAGGUAUUAAGUUCCUGUAACUCAAGCCAGAAGAAGUUUUAGGGAAUAGAACUCCAAGUCUUUUCUCCACUGCUAUACAGGAAAGAAUCCAGCAAGCUGCUUCUCCAAUCAGAGCUGCCUGCCAUGCUCACCCUAUAGACCAUAUGUUAGGUUAUUUAUUUAUUAAAAUCUAGAAUCCUGUGCCUGUAGCCUUGGCCCAGAGUGUGGUUACUGCCUUGAGGGCCUUGAGAGCCACAGAGGACAGGCUGAGAAAGGAAAGAAAUGGGGUACCUAUUCCCAGUGCAUCUUGUGCAUCAUUCCCCAGUGACUCUGAAUCCUUGGCAAUGGCCAUUUUUCUUUUGUCCAGGAUCAGGAGUUAGUCCAGGGAUUUCACACUCCUUGUUUCCUGGGGUUUUCUGGAAUAAAUUUUCAGCAGCUGCCUUUCUCAGCUUUGGCUCUUCCCCAGGUGAGGCCUUUUAGAAACCACUGAAUUAACCUGGCCUGGUUCCCAGCCUUGACCAUCACUAUCACUGCCUUCUUUAUAAAAUGGCUCGUGAGGAAGGAGGGUUAUGGCUUUGGCAAGCUACACCGAGGACUCAGCUGUGCCUGUGCCUGUGUAUGUGCCUAUGGGGGUCUCCUUCCUUACCCAGGACUCCUUUCUUCUCCUUGAAUAUCUAUGUCCAUUUUAACGCUUUCUGAUUCUAAGAGUAUUGUGCCUCUGUUAUGUCCUCAGCAACUCUGGUGUUUGUCAGUCAUUUGUUUUGCCAUCUUUCUAACCCAUCCAAACACUGCUCAGGAAGUGGGGACCAGCUCCUCUCGGACCCAUUGUUUUACUUCCUUGUGAUUUAACCAGAUAGUUUCCCAGGAAGCCCCUCCAGAUUGGCACCAUCUCAGAAAAGAAGGGCUUAUUGUGAAACACCGCUUCCUGGAACUUCCUGUUAUUGCCUGAAACCAAUUCCGAAACUUCUGAAACUGAGAAGGGAAAAGCAUACUUUCCAAGGGAUUUGGAGAGUUAGUGCUUUGGAAAUGGGACAGGUGUUUCAGGUCCACAGCUUGACAUACCCGCUUUCUAAAUAGGCAGAGUGUAUCGCCUGGAAAGGGCUUUGCAGCUUAACUGGCCAAGCUAUACAAAGAUGACACUGUACACUGUGUCCAGAUGAUCAAAGCUAGUUUGAUUAGUUUGAACUCAUCAGAUAUUCAUCCCUUUGGCCAUUUCCAUCAAUGAAACCAAGAUCUAAUGUCUCUGCAAUCUGAUCUUUGUCCUUUCUUCUCUGCUGGGAUAUCAUGUUAUGUUUUGGCCUAUUCCAUCUAAGGAUUCUGUAUUUCAGAAGAAGUUUCUUAAGUAACCCCAGCAUUGCAAAGAAUUUAGUAAUGUGUGCAGUCAGAAAUCAUAUGUCCCACCCAAGAGUUGGAUUCUUACUGAAGGGUUCCACUGGUCGGUAACAAGAGUUAAUAGUCUAGAGUGACCCUAGGAAUCUUGAAUUAAAUGAGGCCCCUCUACCCCCAUGACAAUCCUGUUUAACACUCUCAGGUUUGUUCAUUUGUUCCCCCCCCCCCCCCAUCUGCCUCAAAGACUGAAGACCAGGUGAGUCAAAGAAAUGUCACACUACCCAGGGUCACUGUAACCUUCCCACUCUGAUUCUCUUCCCCCACCUCCUCCCUCUCCAGCUUCCACAGGUCUUCACAUAUACCCUCAGGACUAGUCUGGAAGGGCCCUUACUUUUGGAGGUAGAGAGGUGGAGCUUGGGUAUGUGACUGUUUGCCUCAUUACAUAGUAUAUAGGCUCAGCCCACAGAGUUUGAUUCUUUGGAGGACAUAUGUCUCAGUAAGUAUUGGAGAAGUACCACACACAUGGCUGUAUUUCCCUAUAAGGAGGAUAAUAAAUGCUAAAAAUUCUAAUAGGCACCUCAGUUUUUCCUUUUGCCUAUCCAUUUCUGAUUUUUGUAUUAAUUGGAGCUCUUUAGCAAAAGAUUCAGAUCUUUUGUACCUCAUCUUAUAUCCAAGCAGAUUCCAUUAGGCAGAAAUCUGGAUUCUAGUCUAUUAUGUUCUUAGGCCAAAAAUCUUAACAUACUGUUCUCAGCAAAGCCUGAUCUAUGGAGCUCAGCAUGUGCUGAUCGUUACAGAGUACACUAUGCCAAGCUAGAGGGAAGAGGCCCAUUCUAAACAAAAAGGGAGCCAUGCUGGGGGCUUCUAGGUUAGGUUGCUAGUGUUGCUGCCCAUGGUGAGGUAUUUGCCUUUGAGUUUCAGAAGAUCUCUCUUUCUCUCUCUGGGGACCCUGUUUCAUCAACCAUCAAGAAGAAGAAAGGCCCCGCCUCCUCCUGAGUAUUUGGGUUCUACCUUAGUGUUGGAAUCUGGUCAUUAUUCCCUCUACCCUUGGAAUCAGAGCAAAUAUGUCAUCUUCUCUCUGAGCUCUUACCUUUAGAUGCAUCCUAGGUACCUGGAAGUAUGGGAAAGAGAGCGAAUUAUCUCUCUACAUGUGGCCCUGACCUGUGGGGAUGCAUACCGUUUUCUCCACAAUGAAUUUGUGCUAUUUUUCAAGGUCUUUUAUUACUUUAUUAAUCAAAAUAGUCACUUUUCUUUUUCUCACUACAAAACAUUGUAUCUGAUAUAACUUCCCUUUGCCCUCCCGCCUCCCCAUCCUACCUUUCCAUAUGAGCACGGCUCCCCAUGGCCACAUACUCCUGCAAAGCUUUUCUGCUGCUUGGCUUUUCUCUGAACAGAUCUGAAGUUGCUGCUCCUGUGGUUUUCUCAAAAUUAACUCUGUCAUGGUUUUAAAAAAAGAGAUAAAAAUGCAUUGUUGCAUUAAGCUUUUUUAACAGGAAAAUUACGGAAAGAAAAUAGGCAACACCAGCAAAUUAUUUGUGAAAAAGUUCUGAACUAUAUAUACAUAUAUAUCCCAAAAAAUAAUAGUCUAAUUCUCAUUGUCAUCUUAUUGAAAGGAAAUAAGACCUCUGAGGGAUGUCAUUUCUUAGACUCUUGAAAAUCUGUAUGUCUGAGUGAUUGUAUUAGAACAGCAAUAAUGACUAUGUAAUCACAAAAGACAAAUAAAAUAUUCCUAAAAUGAA